CAGAAGAGCAAAGGACAUUUUUUUAUACAUGGGUGUAAAAGUGAGUACCAACAGGAGAAGAACAGUCAUACCUCUAGGGAAUGAAGGUAUUUCUCGUAAAGGGAAUAAUGCGGCGCUGAGUGUGAGAAGCAAGGAAGCAUGUCUGGAGGAAGAAGAAGAGCAGAAAAGGAUCCACGAAGAGUUGUCCAAUGGCGAUGUCCUCUGUGAUAUCAGGAGAAUUACUAACAGGCCAUCACAGGUCUCGAUGCGACCAAGAGGAAGCUUAACUGGUACUGAGUCCAAUUCAGUUGUAACUGCUGUUGGAAGACUUAGAGAAUUGAUAACACUCCUAGAGAGAGACGAUGAAUUACCAGACAAGAAGUAUAUGAACAGUUCUCUUACGUAUGCAAUUGAUAUUCUAUCAACUAUUGCAAACAAGAAUUCUCCAAUGAAUGAGAUUGAUGCGGAUCUGCAGGAUCUUGUACCUCAUGAUGAAGUAAGAGCAUGGCUUGCAUCAACGUUCACAUCAAGAGAGACACUGUAUUCUGAAGUAUCGCGUCCUAAACCAACAUUUAAAGCUGUUGUCGGCACUAUCAUUGUUGGACAGUACUUUGGGAAAAUGGCAGAGACUCAUCAUUUAGUCUAUCCACCUGGUGUUGCAGAUCUAUUCCAUAGGCAAUUAGAUGGCUGGAAUUGUGAUAUCUUUAAAUUAGAGAAACUAACUGAUGUUCACCCAUUAAAGCACAUCUCUUAUGAAUUAUUCACUCGUCACGAGCUUUUGAGAGAAUUUAAGAUUCCUUCGGCAACUUUUGAAGCAUUCUUAACAAGAGUUGAAAAUGGAUAUCAACUGCACGGCAAUCCGUAUCAUAACUGCACUCAUGCUGCUGAUGUGGUUCAGACAGUUCACUCAUUCAUUAAGCUAGCUAAACUUGAAGAGUGGCUUUCAAAGCUAGAAAUACUUGCUUUACUUUUUUCUGCCAUUAUACAUGAUCUGGAGCACACUGGAACCACCAACAGCUUUCAUGUCCACACAAGAUCUGAAUUAUCAUUGUGCUACAAUGAUCAGUCCAUUCUUGAGAAUUAUCACUUAAACAGAGCCUUUACAAUAUUAAAAGAGAUGGAAGUCAAUAUAUUCAGAAACCUAACCACUGAGCAGUUUACACAAGUACGUACACUGACCAUUGAGAUGGUACUCGCUACAGACAUGUCUAAACACUUUGCUCAACUGAAGCACAUGAAGAGAUUACUUUCAUCAUCUGAUGGAUGGUGUCAGUUACAAAACAGUGAGAAGUCCAGCCUUCUUUGUCUAAUCCUACACAUUGCUGACAUAUCCCAUCCAGGGAAGGAAUGGGCUAUGCACCAUCAAUGGACAGAGAGGAUUCAAGAGGAGUUCUUUAGACAGGGUGACAAGGAACAGGAACUUGGUUUGCUUUGUUCUCCUCUUUGUGAUAGAGCUACUACAGUUGUGCCAGAAUCCCAAAAAGGUUUUAUUGAUUUCAUUAUACGACCAUCUUUCGAGGUGUUGGGUGAUCUACUUGCCUUUACUUUUGAUAAAAGAGAUAUUCAUAAUACUGAAGGUUUCAGAGUGUGGGACGACCACAUUAAAACUAACUAUAACAAGUGGGACAAGAAAUGCAAAGAGAAAGAUGAAAAGCUUACUGAGAGUACUGAAAAAUCAGAGGACAAACCAACUGUUUUAAAUGGGACUUUAUCAUCAACUUAAUCUAUAUUUCAUAAUCGUUGUUUUGUCUCUAAUCAUUUUAUCAUUAUGUUGUAUACUUUUUGUUUGAUCUAUGCUAUAACUAUUACUUAUUGACUAAAUGAAAAUGUCUAUAUCCC